AUGUCGAACAAGCAGGGGAAAAUGAUCAACUGGCGGAUGCGCGUCAUUCUCAAUGACAGCCGCCACAUGACCGGCCAGAUGCUUGCCUUUGACAAGCAUAUGAACCUCGUCCUCGCCGACACCGAGGAGUUUCGACGCGUUAAGCGCAGACAGACCAAGCCGGCCGCCGCGCCUGGUGGAAAGCCCACCGUCCAGGUCGUCGAGACCGAUGAAAAACGAACUCUGGGUCUGAUCAUCGUCCGCGGUGCCCAGAUUGUGUCCGUCUCUGCCGAGUCGCCUCCCCCUGCCGACCCCAGCGCCAGGCUCGGGAAAAGCGCUCCGGGUGGAAUCGCCUCUACGCUCACUGCCGGUCCUGGCGUGGCCAAACCCGCUGGACGAGGAGCUCCGCCUCCUUCUUUGGCCGGGCCUGCUGCCGGUGUUGGUGGUGGUGCCAUGCCCCCCGGCUUCCCCAACUUUCCAGGGUCUUCCGUUUUUACGCGAGGAGGUCCUCCCCCUGGCUACCCCGGAACCUGGCCUCCUCCUGGUGCUCCUCCUGGCGGUGCUCCCGGCUUCAACCCACCUCCUCGACGCUAA